AUCUCUUCCCCGGAAUUGUGUGGGAAAUUUGCAUCUUCAGAGCUUCGAUGACGUCGGGUCAAAAUUACCCUCAUUUAUCAUCUUGGAAAAUAGGACAAUAACCGUCUUGUACUGCUGUGCUACUCGAGUUAUCAUUCCUACCCCCAUCUAUCCCCCUUUCGCCUGAAAGUUUAUCACUCCGUUCUUGGUUUGCCUGAUUGCGGCUCUGUGAUCAUAAUACAUUCAGAGCAUCAUGUCUGAAUCUCGCAAAGCCAUCAUCGUGGGCAUCAGUGGAUGUUCAUCAAGUGGUAAGACGACCUUGAGUCGCCUACUCCGCGACAUCUUCCCAAAUACCUUCGUUCUCCACGAAGAUGACUUUUACAGACCCGAGACCGAGUGAGUCCCUGUUUAAUAGUCAUAUUACCAUGGGGACUGAUGAGUAUCAGGUUACCAAAGAAACACGAUCUCCUCGACUGGGACUGUGCCGAAGCCUUAUCAAUCCCCAGCAUGGUAAAAUCAUUGGAACACAUCCACGCUCACGGGACAUUUCCAGUUCGUUACUUCUGUAUAUCCUUAUAUUUCCCUUGAUAACUCAUAUCUCCAGCCCAAUCUCGAUUCCAAAGAAGAUCAAAACAUAGUAGGCAAAUGUCCCGUCCCGGACUCCACAAUCGCCUCCCUCAAAGCCACCGUCCAAGCCUGGACCGCCCCGGGCAAACCCGGUCACGCACUUUUCAACUCUCCAACACAUCCCCUCAAACUGUGCAUAUUCGACGGCUUCCUCCUCUUCUCCCCUUCCAUGGCGGAGAUUCAGUCCCAGCUUGAUAUCAAGCUCUUCCUCCGGGUAAGCUAUGAGAAAGCCAAGGCGAGACGCGAGGCAAGAAGUGGGUAUGUGACGCUUGAGGGCUUCUGGGAGGAUCCUCCUGGCUAUGUAGAUAAGAUUGUUUGGCCCAAUUAUGUGGAGGAUCAUCAGUGGAUUUUUGAGGAUGGGGAUGUGGAGGGGAAGGUGAAGAGGGAGGUCUUGAAGGAGUGGGCGAUUGAGACUCAAAGUGCAGGCUUGGAUGUUGAUAUGGCUGUUACUUUGGAGUGGGCGGUUAAGUUGUUGAUGGAGAUACUGCCGAAGGUUGUUGGUGGUGGGUCACGGACUGCAAUGUAGAGUGU